AAAUGAUGUUUAAUCCUCCUAGCGGCCGGGCAAGUAACUAAAUCCUAUCAGAUGCAUUCUGAUUGGUUGAAUUGAAUUUUGUGGUUUUAUGAUGUUUUAUCAGGUGUUUUUUUUAAUUUGUUGUGUGGUACUGAUAGCCGCGAGAUUUGAAUUGACCAAUCACAGCCCUUGACAUGAAUAUUACUUACUUGCCCAGCCGCUCAGAUAGCGCCCUUGUUGCGACAAAAACGCCAAAUGUAUUUUAAAUGGAGUUGCCAGUAUUGUUAGUUGAUAGUAUUUGUCUUGAAUCAAUCAACUCCGGCGAGCUUUUUUUGGAGGAAAAACUUCUCGUGGAUUUUUGCAAACGUAACGUGGUUUGAGAGUAUUUUAUACUUCUUUAUACUUAAUUUCAGUUAAAUAAUAUCUGAAAAAUGGAAAAGACCGUAGUUUUGGCGCGUGUGAUGAAAGUUCUGGGACGUACCGGCUCCCAAGGACAGUGUACUCAAGUAAAAGUCGAGUUUAUUGGCGAGCAAAAUCGUCAGAUUAUCAGAAACGUCAAAGGACCCGUUUGAGAUGGCGAUAUUUUAACGUUGUUGGAAUCUGAGAGAGAAGCAAGAAGAUUAAGAUGA